AUGAUCAAUGAAGAUACUGAGAAGUCAGUGUUCGUCUUGGACAUGUCUCCAUCUCCUAGACACACUGGAGUGCACACCUCUUGGAAUGAUGGCACACCAGGCAUUCAACACUUCCACCAGUGCACAGAGCUGGCGAGGGUCCCCUUGGCCUUAGCUGAGGCACCCAGUCAGAAUGCAAGUGAAAUGGGGCCGCAGUUCAGUAUGUCGCUGCCUGAGCAUGGUGUGAGCUACUGCCCCCAAGUGACUCACACUCCUUCCCAGAUGAUUUACUGUGAGGGAAUGGCUCCCUCCCAGCCAGGAAUGAUGAUUUUCAAGGGGCCCCAGAUGAUGCCCUUAGGAGAGCCCAGUAUUCCAGGGGUGGACAUCACCUUUGGUAGGAAUCUAAGGAUGCCCCCCAGUGGGCUGCCAGUCUCAGCUCCCAGUGGAAUCUCAAUGACAUCCCACAUCAAUGUGCCAACAAUGCCUUAUUCUGGCCCCCCAAUGGUACCUUCUAAUAGAGACUCUUUAACACCUAGAAUGUUAUUGGCCCCCACCGUGCCUUCUACUGAGGCCCAGGCAAUGCUCCCUUCUUUGAGUCAGAUGCUGCCGCCUAAAAACCCCCUUGACUUUAGGAUGAACCCAGCUGGGUCCCCAUCAUUUCUGGCUUUAGAAUCCCAGGACUUUCUCAGCCAGCCAGGCUCCCAGAAAGACCCCUUCCUACCCCAGCAGCCCAUGCGUGCUUCACAGAAAGCAGAGCGGUACUCCAGGGCCCAGGAAAGGGCUUCCAGGAGAAGAUUCCCUGUUUCAAAGCCUUACUGCUGUCAAUAUGAGAGCUGUGGAAAAGCUUAUACUAAGUACUCCCACCUUAUGAGUCACCAACGCAAACACACAGGUGAGAGGCCCUAUAAAUGCAUGUGGGAAGGCUGUACAUGGUCUUUCUUCCGUUCUGAUGAGCUUGGACGACAUAUGCGGAUACACACCAGAUAUCGACCACAUAGAUGUGAUCAGUGCGGCCGACAAUUCAUGAGAUCUGACCAUCUCCGGCAACACCAAAAGACUCAUCUACGGGUGCCAGGACCCCCAGACCCACAGGACAACAAUGGACAGAUGGCUGGUCCUCCCGCUCCUGGUCUUUAG